AUGAGGCAGGCCAAAUUAGUAGUACAUCAACAUUAAUAGACAGAGUUUCACAUUUACGAAAAAACCGAGAAAAUGAUGCGUCAAAAGCAAUUAUUAAUAUUGAAAAUUCAAUGAACCUUGAUAUUUGCUUCGUUCUGGACUGUACAAGCUCUAUGUUUCCUUAUAUCAAAGCAGCGAAAGAGCAUAUAUUAAAAGUGGCUAGUUAUGUAAACAGCAAUAAUUCAAAUAUCAAAUUAUGGGUUGGUUUCUGUGGUUAUCGUGAUUAUUAUAAUCAUAGUGAUCGCUUACAAAUUUUUGAUUUUACUAACUCACUCGAGAAAUUUAAAACGUAUUUAACCAAUAAAGUGAUGGCUAUACCUAACGAUGAUAACCCGGAAGAUGUUUUAGGUGGUCUUAAUGCCGCAAUAACUGAGAUGACAUGGAGCUAUGCCACUCGCAUUAUUAUUCAUAUCGGCGAUGCACCACCACAUGGUCGUCGUUUUACUAACUUAGCUGAUAGAUAUCCAGAUGGUGACCCGGAUGGUCUAACUGCUGAAAAUAUACUAAAGAAAAUGCAAUUAAAAAAGAUUUUAUACCAUUUUGGAAAAAUCAAUGAUUCUACCGAUGUUAUGAUUAAUGUAUUUCGAGAAAUAAUUGGAGAAUUUCCUAUAUUUGAUCUUAUGACUACAGAAAAUAAUCCUGAGGUAUUGGUCAAUAAAUUUUGCAAGGCUACUUCCUCAGCCAUCUUUUCUUCUAUUACACUAACUACAACUUUAAGAAGCUCGAAAAGCAUUUGCUCUUUGCAACGAAAAAAACUUCAAAUCAAUCCGCGCGAACCUGAUUGGGCUACUCAACCAGAGAAAACAGGAAAAAUCUUAUGUCAUAUUCCACCUAAAACUUUGGCUGAAGUUAAAGAUGAAUAUUAUUUUAUAAAUUCAAACUUUAUUGAAAAAAGCAUAUCUUUUAAGCUUGCACCGCAACCAUUCUCUGUUGGUGCUGAACGAUAUGCACAUUUUGCACUUGACACAAGCCUUGGACAAGCCAAUAAAUUAGUGAUAAAAAAGUAUCACGAUAUUAAAAUAGGUACAAUAGAAAGGUAUUUAGAAUCAGCAGAAAUUUAUAAUGUUGCUUAUUUUUUAUCAACAGAAUUCAAUAUUGCCGCAGAGCGGGUUGGUGUUAAUAAAAAAGUUACAUUUAUUGAUGUAAGAGUCUUAUACGACGAGACCGAUAAUACCUGUUACUCUAUGGAAAAAUAUAUCAAUAUCGCGGUGUUUAAAAAGUUUAACGCAAAUAGUGGUCUAAUUACCGAAUUUCAUUCCAUUCUCGAGGCAUUUGCUCAUUUUACAUAUAAAUACACUAAGGGAUAUUUGAUUUGGAAACACAAACUUAGGAAAGAGUGGAAUUCAAAAAUGUUUUUUGGCAAAUCAUAG